CCCGCGCAGGCGCAUUGCGGAGUAAACAGAGAACGGAGACGGCUGGGUGAGGGGAGAGCUCCACCGUACGAGACCGACACCGAGGAGGAGGAGCGGGAGAGGAGGAGGAGGAGCGGACCGGAGCGCCGCGGGAAGUCCGCCGAACACCGCCCGCCGCUGUAAGAGGGCAGAGGAGAGCGGAGCGCUGAGAAGAGACAGAAGAGAUAUACCGGUUCCAGCCGGAUCCGUCCCGCGCCUGCGCACUGCGCUCCACCAUGGUGCAGAAGGAUGGACAGAGCGCAGCCACCGAGCCGGAGAGCCCGAGCAACCCGACAGCCCUCACCGGAGAACACAGCGCCCCCCCCGGACCGGAGGAGACCGACACCCCGCCCCGGGCCAGGCGCCUACUGUGCGGGGUGGUGGAGGGCUUCUAUGGACGGCCAUGGACUAUGGAGCAAAGGAAAGAACUUUUCAGAAGGCUUCAGAAAUGGGGACUGAACACCUACCUGUACGCACCUAAAGACGACUACAAGCACCGCAUGUUCUGGAGGGAGAUGUACUCUGUGGAGGAAGCUGAUCAAUUGAUGACUUUGAUCUCCGCUGCUCAAGAAUUUGGGAUCGAGUUUAUCUACGCCAUUUCCCCGGGGCUCGAUAUAACCUUUUCCAAUCCCAAGGAGUUGGCCACGCUAAAACGCAAAUUGGAUCAGGUCACUCAGUUUGGGUGCAAGUCGUUCGCUCUUCUGUUUGAUGACAUCGAGCACAACAUGUGCCCGGCGGACAAGGAGGUGUUCAGCUCUUUCGCUCACGCACAAGUGUCAAUAACGAAUGAAAUUUAUCAGUACUUGGCUGAACCAGAAACAUUUUUAUUUUGUCCUACAGAAUAUUGCGGCACCUUCUGCUUCCCAAAUGCUGCUCAGUCCCCUUACCUGCGGACAGUCGGUGAGCGGUUGCUUCCCCGGAUCGAUGUCCUCUGGACAGGCCCGAAAGUAGUUUCCAAAGACAUUUCUGUGGAAUCCAUUGAGGAGGUUUCCAAAAUCCUCAAGAGGUCACCGCUGAUUUGGGACAACCUACACGCCAACGACUACGACCAGAAGAGGCUGUUCCUGGGCCCUUACAAGGGACGAUCCACCGAGCUCAUUCCAAGGCUCCGGGGAGUGCUGACCAAUCCAAACUGCGAAUUUGAGUCGAAUUACGUGGCCAUUCACACGCUCGCUACGUGGUAUAAAUCCAACAUGAAUGGCGUGAGGAAGGAUGUCGUAAUGGCGGAUAGUGAAGACAGCACGGUGUCCAUACAGAUUAAACUAGAAAACGAAGGCAGCGAUGAAGACUUGGAGACGGACGUUCUGUACAGUCCUCAGAUGGCUCUGAAAUUGGCUCUGAUAGACUGGCUGCAGGAGUUCGGAGUUCCUCUUCAGUACAGCAGCAGACAAGUCGCUCACAGCGGGGCCAAGACCGGCGUCGUCGGAAUGGCACCGUUAAUAUCCUCUCCAGCUCUAAAUGUUUCAACCAUCGUCACCACCGUUUACCAGCAGCCAAUAAUGAGCCAGGGAGCGGCGCUGAGCCCCGAGCCACCCAUGCUGGCCAAAGAGGAGGAGGAAGAGGAGGAGAAGAAACAGCUGGAGGAGGAGCCCAUGGAAAUGGUGGAGGAGAAAGUCGAGGACGUCAACAAGAACGUGAACCAUAUCUUGACGGACAUUACCGAGGCGAAAAUGUCAGAAGAGUUGAAGCCGAUGGACACGGACAGGGAAAUCGUAGGGGAAGCCAAGUCCCUGGAAUCGUGUAUGCAGGACGACGUGUGCGGCGACAUCGCCCCCAUGCAGACCGACGAGCUGAUCAGUAAGGAGCCGUUUAUCCCCGGGCCUAAUGAGAAGCCUUUGUAUACCGCCGAAGCCGUCACCCUGGACGAUUUACAAUUGCUGGCCGAUUUGUUCUUCUUGCCUUAUGAACACGGACCAAAGGGUGCUCAGAUGUUGAAGGAAUUUCAGUGGCUGCGAGCGAACAGCAGCGUGGUGAGCGUCAACUCCGACGACGACGAUGCAGAUAAAGUGAGCGAGUGGCGUGAACGGGCGACAACAUUUGAGGAGAUGUGCGGCGUGGUGAUGACCAUGUUCACUCGGCUCUCUAACUGCCCCAACCGGACCAUCCUGUACGACCUUUACCCCUACGUCUGGGACAUCAAGAGCAUCAUUUCUAUGGUGAAGUCAUUUGUGCAGUGGCUCGGGUGUCGUAGUCAAUCUUCAGCACAGUUCUUAAGUGGAGACCAAGAGCCCUGGGCCUUUAGAGGAGGUCUAGCUGGAGAGUUCCAGCGUUUGCUUCCAAUUGAGGCAGCAAAUGACCUAUUUUUUCAGCCUCCUCCCCUGACACCCACCUCUAAGGUGUACACGAUACGACCGUAUUACCCAAAAGAUGAGGCCUCGGUGUACAAGAUCUGCAGGGAAAUGUAUGACGAUGCCAUGGAUGACUUACCGUUCGAAAGUCAGCCUGACCUGAUUGGAGAUAAGCUUGUCGGUGGGCUUCUGUCUCACAGCCUGGACUAUUGCUUUGUGUUGGAGGAUGAGGAUGGUAUCUGUGGGUAUGCGGUGGGCACUGUGGAUGUCACUCCGUAUCUCAACAAGUGCAAACAUUCCUGGAUCCCCUUCAUGCAGGAAAAAUACAGCAAACCCACGGCGGAUAAGGAGUUGUCAGCAGCAGAGAAAAUCAUGCUAAGUUUUCAUGAAGAGCAGGAUAUCUUACCGGACACAUUCCUCGCCAACUUUCCCUCAUUAAUAAAAGUGGACAUUCACAAGAAGGUGACGGAUCCCAGCGUAGCCAAAGGGAUGAUGGGGUGCCUCCUGUCUUCCCUGAAAGCCAAUGGAUCCCGCGGUGCUUUUUGUGAAGUCAGGCCAGACGACAAAAGAAUCCUGGAUUUUUACAGCAAACUCGGCUGCUUUGAAAUCGCCAAGAUGGAAGGAUUUCCUAAAGAUAUUCUUAUUCUCGGAAGAAGUCUUUAAUUUUUUUUUUUUUUUCUGCAACAAAAUAAAAACUUGUGCGGAUUUGUUCUCCAGAUUUUUUUUUUUUUUUCAAACAUGGAAGAUUCCAGGUUUUUGCUCUGCCGGAUCUUUGAACAACUCCUAUGUAUAACUACAACACGAUGACUCGAAUUCUUUAAUACGAAGAAAAAGAGAAAAAAAAAAUGUUUUUAAAUUGUCUAAAGUCUUCUUCUUCUCCAUGAUGUUGUUUUUUUUGUUCCUUUGCAUGGGGGAGGGGGGGGGAGGUUCUCUGUGCUCCUGGGGUGUGAUUAUUGAAGGAUCCGCCUCGGGUUUUCUUUUUCUGCGUCGUUACGGAUUAUGUAUUUGACAAACUUCUCAUUUUUAAUAAUUUUUUUAUUUUUGAUUUAAAGAGCUCCUAAAACAUGCGUCAUUUUGUGCACAAAGACGCCAUUGUCUGUUUGUUUGUUUUUUUUUUUUUUUUUCAAAGAGAAAACCCCAAUUCCCCUCCCCCAGGGAAGAUGAACGAUGUAGCACACCUCAAGGCGGAUUGAAGGGUUGCAUAAAAUGGAAGAAUUCUAAAAAAAAAAAAAAAAAAAAGCAACAAAGUAAUGGUUCUGUAAAUGUAAUUGUAGGAUAAUCUCUAUGUACAGACUGUUUACCAUUGUUCGUUUUUUUUUUUGUUUGUGUUUUUUUUUUUUUUUUUGUAUAUUAUGUUCAGGUUUCUUUAUGCAAGCUUUGAUUUAAGCAUGCUUCAUUUUAAAAAUUAACGGUUGAAACUAUAAGGUUAAAAAAAAAAAAAAAGUGCUUUAAACCUGCCUUUUCCUGUUCCGUUUACACUUCUCAUUGUGGUAUAGCUCGGUGCAUUUCAUAUGAGGUUUAUGCAUUUUUUUUGGAUGUUGCCCCAUAAGCUUUAUAGGUACUGUAAGGGAAAUUCCACUUUUGAUAAAAAAAUAAAAGAAAAGAAAA